AUGUCGGCCGUGGCGACCACUUCGAUAAAGUCGCCCUCACACUCGCGUUCACAUUCUUCGCAUUCGAAAUCACAUUCACAUUCACAUUCACAGUCGCGAUCGUCUCGUCCUUCCACCACGCCGAGGGCUCAACCUGUUGUUGCUUCCGUUGGUCAACCCCUCCCUCCACUACUCUCACCGAAGUCACGGUCUCCUCACCAUCUCAAAGAUCCCAAGAGUCCAAGUCCCAGCUACUUUGGCUUUGUUGUCGGUGGCGAUGAUUCAAUACCUCCAGACUCGAAUCCCGGCGCUCAUGCUCGUCAGAAUUGGACCUUUGGCAAUGCGAGCACCCAGAGUGGUGUGCCCACCCCGAGGCAUGUUCCAGUAGAGGCAAAUCCAGAGUUUGAAGCAUUUCGCAGGCAGUCAGAACACAACCAUCGCUUUUCUUUGAACACAGCUUUCGGGAGACCUAGCCAGUCCAGAACAAAUUCUUCCUCAACUCCACAUACCGAAGCAGCCUCACCGUUGGCCAGACUUCCAGGUUCGGAUCGUCGAAUAAACACAAACGACGAGUCUGCUCCCCAGAACCCCACAACAGGCACUGCUUCGUUUUUCGAUUUCCCGAGACGACAGUCACCCGUUUCUCUGAACCUACCGCACAGCGUGGCAGACCAUCAGCAUGCCCGACUCUCCCUUCCCGACAAUGGACUUCGAACGCCGCCCAUGAAUCUUACGCGCCAGACUUCACGGUCGGAUACUCUACCCACAGCCGGUCAGAAAGAUGCAGCUCCUUUGGCCUCACCUGUCCACAUUGCCGAGAUUUUGAAGGACGAAUCUAACCUGGUGCUCGUACUCGACUUGAGGGUCUACCAACAGUUCGCCCACUCAAGGAUACAAGGCGCUCUGAAUUUGUGCAUUCCAACUACCCUGCUCAAGCGGCCUGCGUACAACGUGCAAAAGUUGGCCGACACUUUUGCUUCGGAUCGGGAUCAAGAGAUGUUCUCAAGAUGGCGAGAAUGCUCCCACAUUGUCGUCUACGACGCCAACUCCACGUCAAGUAAGGAGGCUGUCACUCCUCUCAACGUACUCAAGAAGUUUACCACCGAGGGAUGGAAGGGAGUUGGUCUGGUCGUCAAAGGCGGCUUCCUUGCGUUCCACAAACAGGUACCGGACCUGGUCGACUCUGGCUCUGUCCAGUCCGGAGCCGGAAACUCGGCUCAGUCAUUAUCCAUAUCUGCUCCGGCGAAGGAUACACUGGCAGUAGCCGGAGGCUGUGCGAUGCCCACCACCAAGUCUGCAGCAAACCCUUUCUUCGGCAAUAUUCGGCAAAACAUGGAUCUUCUUGACGGCGUGGGGCAAAUGCCUAUCAAAAAGCCCACAAACUUGUCUCCCGAGGCUGAGCGCUCGUUACCUACCUGGCUUAAGCGAGCGUCAUCCAUUUCCGAUGACGGCAAGCUGGUGUCAGAUCGGUUCUUGAAGAUUGAGAAGUCGGAACAAAAGAGGAUGCAAGACGCACUUAGCGUUCACGUUUCUUACGGCACCCCGAGAUCUGAGAAACCCAGCAAAAUCCAAGUGGCCGGAAUCGAGAAAGGCUCCAAGAACCGAUACAACAACAUCUUCCCGUACGAUCACUGCAGAGUGCGUUUGCAAGAAGUCUCCCACGACAGCUGCGAUUAUGUCAACGCCAGUCACGUCAAGGCCGAGUAUUCAAAUCGGCAUUACAUCGCCACGCAAGCCCCUAUCCCGGCCACGUUUAACGACUUUUGGCGCGUUGUCUGGGAACAAGAUGUUCGCGUUAUCGUCAUGCUAACGGCAGAGGCUGAAGGUGGCCAAGUCAAGAGUCACAUGUACUGGAAGACCGGGGAAUAUGGACCUCUCAAGCUCAAGCAGCUAUCGGAGCGUCGGGUGAGCCUGGAGUCAAAAAGCUCAGCACCAAGGACGCCCGCGUCAAGUCGGCCUACCCUCGGACCCAGACGAUCGACGACAUCCAACAUCAUUCUGAAGGAUGAGGCCAAAUCCCCGACGACAAAAUCUCCCAGUGCUGUUGUACGGCACUUCACCCUGAGUCACUCUGCCCACCCAUUCCAACCUAUGCGGGAGAUUACUCAAAUCCAGUAUGAAGAUUGGCCAGAUUUUGGUGCUCCCGCGAGCCCCAAUGAACUGCUUGGUCUUGUGGAACAAGUCAACAAAUAUGUUCGUGGCUCGUUGAGUCCCUCAUCGGUCAUAGGACCUGAUGAUGCAACCCCAGAAGGUACACGUCCCAUUGUGGUCCAUUGCAGCGCAGGUUGUGGACGAACAGGGACAUUCUGCACCAUUGACUCGGUCAUCGAUAUGCUGAAGAGACAGAGGCUCUCUCAUGAGAAUGGAGGAGAAAGGAUGGAUGUCGAUGGUGGAGACUGGAUCGCGCGAGAUGAUGUCGAUCUGGUAGCGAAGACGGUGGAUGAUUUCCGGCACCAACGAUUGAGCAUGGUUCAAAAUUUACGGCAAUUCGUUUUGUGUUAUGAAAGUAUAUUGCAAUGGCUGGUUCAGCAAGACGACCAAUCCCGUAAGAAGCGACCUGGUGUCCGCGACCCUAGACGGAGUUAUGGUUGA